CGGUCAUCACUAUUAAUGCGCACUUUCUAGGAUGGGAACACUCUGCUGCUACCAGCCCCCAUCACUGAAGCCCGAGAAUAUCACCCGCUGGAUAUUCGCGACUUGUUUGGAUCUGUUAACCCUUCCUGGGCUCGGCGAUCUGUUUUUUUUUGCUUUUGGCGAUCAGAUUGUGGAUACUACACCAUGUCAGUGCUACCUUCUUUCGGUUUUACUCAAGAACAAGUGGCUUGUGUCUGCGAGGUCCUCCAGCAAGGGGGCAACUUAGAGAGGCUGGGCAGGUUCCUCUGGUCCCUUCCAGCCUGCGACCACCUCCACAAGAACGAGAGCGUCCUGAAAGCGAAGGCGGUGGUGGCUUUUCACAGGGGCAACUUCCGAGAGCUCUACAAAAUCUUAGAGAGCCACCAGUUCUCGCCUCAUAAUCACUCCAAACUGCAGCAGCUCUGGUUAAAGGCCCAUUACAUCGAAGCCGAGAAACUGCGGGGCAGGCCCCUCGGUGCCGUGGGCAAGUACCGGGUCCGAAGGAAAUUCCCCCUUCCCCGGACCAUUUGGGACGGGGAAGAGACCAGUUACUGCUUUAAGGAGAAGUCGCGGGGUGUCUUGAGGGAGUGGUACGCCCAUAACCCUUACCCAUCUCCGAGGGAGAAGCGGGAGCUGGCUGAAGCUACUGGGCUCACUACUACUCAGGUCAGCAACUGGUUUAAAAACAGGAGGCAGAGAGACCGAGCAGCGGAGGCCAAGGAGAGGGAAAACAAUGAAAACACAAAUACUUCUGGCAAUAAACAGAACCAGUUGUCCCCUAUCAACCGUAGUAAAAACCUGAUGUCGAGUUCCGAUGAGGAAUUAUCACCGGCCCAGAGCCCAGACCACUGCUCCGGGAGCCCUGUUUUACUGCUGCCGGGGAGUCUGAACCAAUCUGUGGAUUCCACCUUCUCUCUUCACGGCCUGAGCUCUUCACCAGGCGGCCACGCUGGCCCAGUCCAUCCGCAUGGACUCCAGGACUCCCUGCUCGGCACUCUAACGUCCAGCCUGGUCGAUCUGGGAUCUUAAAAGAGCAAAUCGCCGCUGGACAGCCCCAGUUAUGAACUGGUCAGACACUCCAAUGCUGUGCUGUGUAAAUAAUUGAAAGGUCUUGUCGAAGUUAUGGAAUUUCAACUGAUGGUACUUAAUCUGUGAAAAAGGCGAGAUGCUCUCCUUUAUUAGAAAGAAAACCCGCCUUCAUGAACUGCUGAGAGGCUUGAUAUCACACUUAAUGCUCUUCAAAUCUUUAUACUCUCCCCCACUGCACAAAGGGCGUUGCAAAUGAAACAAAACGGGUGGCAGAUCCGUGCAUCUGUCAGAAUCAACCUGGAUUAUCUCUCGUUUUCGUUCGCUGUUUGCUAUACCUUGAGAUUUACUGCUCGCGAAUCUGAAAUGAGACAUCGAAUAGGAUGAACGGUCUCUAACUGCAGAAAAUAAACAACUCCACUCAAUAUCAGGCGAAGUUCAGGCACAGAGGCGACUCGAAGUUUACAUUGUCAGUAGCGGUGGAUGGAGAGUAACAUGAAAGUAGUUUAUAAUAAAAUCCAAACAUGUGAAAA